AUGGAUAGACAUGGGUUGGUUCGAAGAGUUGUGGGUGACCUUUCCUUCAUGGACUCGUCACUCUUCGCGAAGAUGUUAGACUCGUGCGUUAGGUACAGGUCUGGUUUUGAGGUUCGUCGCGUCCAUGCUCGAAUUAUUAAGACUCAGUUUUCAUCUGAAGUCUUUAUUCAGAACAGGCUUGUUGAUGUUUAUGGGAAAUGUGGUUGUUUGGAGGAUGCACGCAAGCUGUUUGAUCGUAUGCCGCAGAGGAACACUUUCAGUUGGAACGCGAUAUUAGGCGUGUUGGUGAAGUGUGGGGACCUUGAUGAGGCUCUGGACGUCUUUAAGUGUAUGCCUGAGCCUGACCAGUGCUCGUGGAAUGCUAUGGUGUCAGGUUUUGCCCAAAAUGAUCGCUUUGCGGAAGCUUUGAAAUUUUUUGCUGGUAUGCACCGUGAGGGUUUUAUGCUCAAUGAGUAUUCGUUUGGCAGUGCUCUUAGUGCUUGUGCAGGGUUGACAGAUUUGAAUAUGGGAGUUCAAGUCCAUGCUUUGACAUCAAAGUCUCGUUACUUGUCUGAUGUUCACAUCGGUUCUGCUCUUGUUGAUAUGUACUCCAAGUGUGGGGCGGUGGCUUCUGCUCAAAGGGCUUUUGAUGGCAUGGGAGUGAGGAACAGAGUUUCUUGGAACAGUUUGAUUACGUGCUAUGAGCAAAAUGGUCCUGCAGGAGAAGCUCUAGAGGUUUUUGUGAGGAUGAUGAAUAGCGGGGUUGAACCUGAUGAGGUUACUCUUGCCAGUGUGGUCAGUGCUUGCGCAAGCUUGUCAGCAAUUAGGGAAGGUACACAAAUUCAUGCUCAUGUUAUGAAAUGGGAUAAAUUUCGGAAGGACCUUGUGUUAGGAAAUGCUUUGGUUGAUAUGUAUGCAAAAUGCAGUAGAGUUAAUGAAGCUAGAUUGGUUUUUGAUAGGAUGCCAAUUAGGGAUGUGGUGUCUGAAACCUCCAUGGUUAGCGGAUAUGCAAGGGCUGCAAGUGUGAAAGAUGCGAGAUUGAUGUUUUCAAAUAUGAUGGAGAGGAAUGUGGUGUCAUGGAAUGCGCUUAUCGCAGGUUAUAUACAUCAUGGGGAGAAUGAAGAGGCAGUUAGGCUUUUCCUCCUCCUAAAAAGGGAAUCUGUCUGGCCAACCCAUUACACCUUUGGCAAUCUCCUCACCGUAUGCGCAAAUCUCGCUCAUCUGAAGCUCGGUAAACAGGCUCAUGCUCACAUUUUGAAGCACGGGUUUUGGUUCAAGUCUGGAGAAGAAUCAGAUAUUUUUGUGGGGAAUUCUCUCAUUAACAUGUACAUGAAGUGUGGAAUGGUUGAAGAAGGAUGCUUGGUUUUUGAGCACAUGGUAGAGAGGGAUAAUGUCUCAUGGAAUGCCAUGAUAAUGGGAUAUGCACAAAAUGGUUAUGGUACAGAGGCCAUUGAAAUUUUCAAGAAAAUGCUGGUAUCUGGAGAAAAGCCAGACCGUGUUACUAUGAUCGAAGUUCUAUCUGCGUGUAACCAUGCCGGACUCGUUGAAGAAGGACGACAUUACUUCCAUUCAAUGAGUGUUGAUCAUGGUUUAGUACCAAUGAAGGACCACUAUAGCUGCAUGGUUGAUUUACUUGGUCGUGCGGGUUGCCUUGACGAAGCAAACAGUUUGAUACAGGCAAUGCCAAUGGAGCCUGAUGCUGUUGUCUGGGGAUCUUUACUUGCUGCUUGUAAGGUUCAUGGGAACAUUACAUUAGGGCAGUAUGUGGCGGAAAAGCUCUUAGAGAUUGAUCCAUCAAACUCAGGACCUUAUGUUCUUCUUUCAAAUAUGUAUGCUGAGCUUGGUAGAUGGAAAGAUGUGGCUAUAGUCCGAAAACAAAUGAGGCAACUGGGAGUGAUUAAGCAACCUGGUUGUAGUUGGAUUGAAGUUCAGAGUCAUGUGCAUGUUUUCAUGGUGAAAGAUAAAAGGCAUCCUCUUAAGAAAGAUAUCUAUUCAAUUUUGAAAAUUCUCACAGAACAGAUGAAGCGAGCUGGCUAUGUGCCGGGAGUUGAGGAUGAUGAGAUUUGUGAGGAGGAGGAAAGCGACUCUGAACUUAGCUUGCAUUGUGAAAGGGAAAUGGCUGUAGAUGCUGCAGUUGGAUAAAAUAAAAUUCUUUUGGCUAAUAGCUUUGGGUAUCCUACAAAGAAAGUUGAAAGAUCUGAUAUCAAACUUUCUUUUCUUAGAAUCCAGUGGAGGCUAGAUAUUUGAGGUAAGGGUUCCUCCAAAAAAACUUAGUUUGUUUAUGCUGAAUCAUUGACUUGUCCCUGGAACAUAGUUGUUAAUGAGCAAGAUUUUGCCUUAGCUUUGCUCUAAACAUCAUGGUUUCUUCAACAGUAAGUACAGGAAACAAGGUAUCUUUUGUAUAACAUACCCUGAAAUCUUCCUGAACUGAGCUUUAUCUACAUGCUCCUGGUUCACCGUGGUCCAAGAUAGACCCACUUUUUGCACUACCUCUACCAGCUAGAAUCUCAAGCAGGGAUGAUUUUCCAGCUCCAUUUGGCCCAACAAUCGCCAGAAUUUUCCACAGCUUGGCCAUGCUAUACACAUCCUUGAGGACAUGCCUAACUCCACUGCCAGGGAUGUACCGAGGUUAGAGCAAAAUGGGGUGAUCGCCCCUAAGAGAUAUUUUUUCUUAAUAUAAUAGUAUUCAAAUGUUAUAUUUCUGUCUCCCCUAUAAUAUUUAAUAUUGCCUCAUUCAAUUAGUCUAUUGAUUUUACUUUAUGUAUUAAAUUUCCGGUCCUCUUACCAAUUUUUUUCUGGUUUCGUCUCUGUUCUCUGCACGAUCUUUGUUCAGCUUUUGUUUCAUCUCCUGGUUCCUGAACAUCUUCUACACUAAGCAGUUUUUGGUUGUA